AAGCCUCCCAGUUCUUCAUACCUGCCAACUGCAUCCUCACCUGCCAGGAUGUUCUCUGCUGUGAGCCUCCUCCUGCUGUGUGUCGGAAUCUCUGUCGCUCCAGAUUUAUUUUUUUCAUCUUUUCCGUUAUUGAAAGUCCAUAUGAAUGUGAAACUGACACAGAUUGAUGCCAGCGGUGGUGAAGUGUACGGUGUGAGCAAUGACAGUAACAUUUACCACUGGGUAAACAAUUCCUGGAGGCAAGUUCCCGGAGAGCUUAUUCAUGUUACUUUUGGACCCGCUGGACUUUGGGGUGUGAACAGAGAAAACAUUAUCCUUAAGAUGCAGGACAAUAAUUGGAUGAAUGUAUCAGGCUUCUUGAAGCAGGUAGAUGCUGGUGGUGAUAUUUUUCUGGGUGGAGUAAAUGCUCAAGACAACGUCUACUGCUUGGAUCAGAGCUACAUCGUUUCAGGAUCAUCCUGUGUGACGUUCACCCCACUGGAUGGGGACCUGAAAUAUUACAGCUGUGGUCCAGAGAGCUGCUGGGGAGUGAACAGAGCCAAUAAUAUUUACUAUCGCCACAAUGUCAGCUCAAUGGCCUGCCAGGGAACCCAAUGGGAGCAGGUUGAAGGCAGUCUGGAGAUGUUAGAGGUUGGAACAGAUGGUUUGGUGUUUGGGGUCGAUUCAGAAGGCCACGUCUUAAGAAGGGAGGGAAUCACCGCUGAAAACCCUGUUGGGUAUUUUUGGGUCCCGAUGUCUUUUUCCGAAAGAUUCAAACACGUCUCUUAUGACAAUGGCUCUGUGUGGCUUAUCAGCCAAGAUGAUGAAGUCUAUCUAUCUGCAACUAAUCCAACUCUCUGGGAUAUCAUAGAAAGACAGAAUAUUGGAGAAGCACAGGGAUAAUGGUGAUCUGAGUCUGGGUGGAUAUACACACGGCUCUCUCCAUCCAGUCAUCUUGUCAAUUGAUUUUGGGUGUAAUUGUAUUUUUGUAAAAGUUUGCACUGCUAUUAAAAGCACCUAAGGACUCCUUCACAUGGGCGCUGAGGCUCAUAUACAGUAAAUGGCAGGGGCGGACUGACCAUUCGAGCACUCGGACACUACCCGAGGGCCCCAUGCCACUAGGGGGCCCCAUCAGGGUU